GUGAUGUCUAUCAGAUAUUAGAGUCUCCUCUUUCGCAGAGAAAUUUCUUAAUUUUCCCAAAAUCAUCACGGAACCCAAUGAAGAGCUCUCAGCCAAAAAUGGAUGUCUAGGGUUUGUUUCGAUUGUAAGUUCAAAUUUGCAAUUGCAUUCACGAGCCGGACUGAUCCAACCCGGUAACUUCACCGAGUUGCGUCUCAGUCUUAAUGAUUUUUCCCCUGGUUCCUUGGUAGUCUAACGCACAAUUGAUCAAACAAGAAGAUCUAUGUAAAGUACAUUAAAUUUAUAGAAAAAGUUAUCAGUUGCAGGUGUGAUAUUGCUCAGGUCAUGCAAUUGAAAUCGGCUUCGGUUUCUUCGCCGAAGCCAAGGGACUUUAGCUCGACGGGUAGUAGGCUUCGAAAGAAGCACAAAAGACUUGAUGCCAUAUGCGAAAAUGUCUAUAAUCAAAACCAUAGUGAAUCCAAUGAGCGGAGAGGGGGGUCCCCGUCUGGGCCUGCCCUGGAUGCCCAGUCGGACCUUCGCCGGAGCUCAAGAGUUCGCCGGGCACCUGUUGUGCUCGAUGUGUCACCUCCUCCGGUUAAAAAAAGAAAGAAGAUUGGUAAGAAUGUAGCUUCGGGUGUUAACAGAAACGGUGGAAGUAGUUUCAAGAGUGUGAAGGAAGAGGAGAGUGAGAAAUUAGAGGAUUUGGAUACACCGGGCAAUUGGAGGUCGCGUUUGAGAUCGAGGGGUAGGAAUGUGGCGACUGGAGAGAGAGGUGAGACAAGUGGGAGAAGAAAGCUUUUUGAUGAAAUGGAUACGGUGGGAGGUGAAUUGGCUCAGAAGAAAGGAGAUUUGGAUGGUGAGAAGUUGAUGGUUGUGAGGUCUAAGAGGCUGGGGAGGGUUAAGGCUGUAAAUGGUUUGCCAAAUGAAAUGAACGAGGGUGGAACAAGUGGGCAUGAAGAUGUGAGUGAGAAAGAUGAAGGUCAGGAGUCAAUAGGGAAAAAUGAGAGUGAAAAGGAUGAGAUGGAAGUGGAGGGGAAUGAGCCCAAUAAGGGUAUGACAGUUUUAGAUAGUGAAAUAGGUGGUGGUAAUGGCCGGGAGGCAGUGGGAAAUGAGGCUGAUGAGCAUAUGCCGGUUUUAGUUGAUGCAAUGGGCGGUGGAAAUGAGGGAGAGGCAGUGAAUGGUGAUGCUGUAUCGUCAGGGUUAAAUGAACCAGAGCAAAAAGAGAAAUUGCUUGACUUGGAGCUGGAGAAAAGCCCUGAUGGAAAUGAUAAUGUGGAGCAGAAUGACAAAAUCAAGGAGUUGGAGGAUGGGAUGGACGUGGAAAAUGAAACAGAUGUUAUUGAAGUUAUUGGGCCUCCUAUGGAAGAGUUGAAGGAUCCUGUUAAGGAAGGAGGUGCUGAGGUUAAUGAAUUUCCCUUGGAGGUUGAAAAAGAUGAGAAGCCUGCCAAAUUGAAGCAUGAUUUGCAUACUCUUGCUAGGCCACGGAUUAAACAAGGGAGAAGGUGUGGUUUGUGUGGAUGUGGUAAUGAUGGUAAACCACCAAAGAGGUUGAUGCAAGAUGCUGGUGAAAGCGAAAAUGAGACAUACAGUGGUUCAUCAGCUUCAGAGGAUCCCAACUAUGAUGUAUGGGAUGGAUUUGGUGAUGAACCUGGGUGGCUUGGUCGCCUAUUGGGCCCGAUAAAUGACCGACAUGGUAUUGCUGGAAUCUGGGUUCAUCAACACUGUGCUGUAUGGAGCCCAGAGGUGUAUUUUGCUGGUUUGGGUUGCUUAAAAAAUGUAAGGGCUGCACUUUGCAGAGGAAGAGCAUUAAAAUGCACACGCUGCGGAAGACCAGGGGCAACUAUUGGAUGUCGUGUUGAUCGGUGUCCAAAAACUUACCACUUGCCUUGUGCCCGAGCUAAUAGCUGCAUCUUUGAUCAUCGAAAAUUUCUUAUAGCAUGCACAGAUCACCGGCAUCUCUUCCAACCUCAUGGUAAUCAGUACGCAAUUCGGAUAAAGAAAUUGAAAGCCAGGAAAAUGAGGUUGGAAAUAAGGAAGCGUUCAAAUGAUGCUUGGCGAAAGGAUAUUGAAGCUGAAGAAAAAUGGUUGGAAAACUGUGGGGAGGAUGAAGAGUUUCUGAAACGUGAGAGCAAGAGGCUUCACAGAGAUUUGUUGAGAAUUGCACCAGUGUAUAUUGGAGGCUCUGGGGGGUCUGACAGCGCAAAACUGUUUGAGGGAUGGGAAUCUGUUGCUGGACUUAAGGAUGUGAUACAAUGUAUGAAGGAAGUAGUUAUUUUACCACUGUUAUAUCCCGAGUUCUUUAAUAAUCUAGGGAUUACACCUCCUAGGGGUGUUCUUUUGCAUGGAUAUCCUGGAACAGGUAAAACACUUGUUGUACGGGCAUUGAUUGGUUCAUGUUCUCGUGGGGAUAAAAGAAUUGCAUAUUUUGCUCGUAAAGGUGCAGACUGCUUGGGAAAGUAUGUUGGCGAUGCUGAGCGCCAGCUAAGACUCUUGUUUCAGGUUGCUGAGCGAUGUCAACCUUCUAUAAUAUUCUUUGAUGAGAUUGAUGGUUUGGCACCUUCUCGAACGAGGCAGCAAGAUCAGACUCACAGUUCAGUUGUCUCCACAUUGCUUGCUUUAAUGGAUGGUUUAAAAUCCCGAGGUUCAGUAGUGGUGAUAGGUGCAACAAACCGACCUGAGGCUGUUGAUCCAGCAUUACGUAGGCCUGGGCGAUUUGACAGGGAGAUCUAUUUUCCACUGCCAUCAGUUGAAGACAGGGCUGCCAUACUCUUACUUCACACGCAAAGGUGGCCAAAACCAGUUGCAGGAUCUUUGCUACAGUGGGUUGCAAGAAGAACUGUCGGCUUUGCUGGUGCUGAUUUACAAGCUCUCUGUACUCAAGCUGCCAUUAUUGCACUGAAGAGGAAUUUCCCUUUGCAAGAAAUUUUAUCUGCUGCUGGAGAGAGAGCUCCUGGUACUAAACGCAUUCCUCUUCCAGCUUUUGAAGUGGAAGAUGGGGAUUGGUUAGAGGCUUUAGCAUGCGCCCCGCCUCCCUGCUCUCGUAGAGAAGCAGGUAUUGCUGCUUAUGAUUUGGUUUCAUCUCCUCUUCCUGGUCACCUCAUUCCUUGUUUACUGCAGCCAUUAUCAAAGUUGCUUGUUACCCUCUAUCUUGAUGAACGCCUCUGGCUGCCUCCUCCACUUUUUAAAGCUGCUUUGAUGGUUAAAACUGUGAUAGUUUCUUUCUUAAAGAAGAGGAACCUCCCAAGUGAUCGGUGGUGGUGCCAUGUUGAUAAUUUUCUUGAAGAAGCAGAAAUUGCUAAGCAAGUGCAGGGAAGGCUUUCAUCUGCUGGUGUAUUAAUUGGAGAGGCUAGCUGUGCUGGUGCUGAUACUGAUGUUUUUGCUGAUGAGAAGGACGACGAUAAAGUAAUGUUUGAACCUUCAAUGAUGCAGCAUUGGGGCACGAGCCGUAGCACGUCUAGAAUUGUAUCUUUUGCAUCAGUAAGGAAAUCAGGGUACCGUGUAUUGAUUGCUGGAGGCCCCAGAUCUGGACAGAAGCAACUGGCAUCUUGCAUACUACACUUCUAUGUCGGGAAUGUUGAAGUUCAAAAGGUUGAUCUGGCUACAAUUUCACAGGAAGGGCAUGAUGAUAUGGUCCAAGGGAUUACACAGAUACUGAUGAAAUGUGCUAGCUUGAAGUCAUCUAUGAUUUUCAUGCCGAGAAUUGAUCUAUGGGCUGUGGAGGCAUGCCAGCAAGUCAUUAAGGAGAGUGAUGCUUCUUCAACUGACCAUCAACUUUCUGAAAAAACAGAAUUUUGUUCCACACCCAUUCAUGUUGAGGGAAAAAAGUCUGUUAUUGAUCAAUGCGGAGCAUCUGAAGUGUCAGAGUCACAAACUACCAUCCUAAGAGCAUCACAUGCGUGGAGCUCAUUUAUUGAGCAGGUGGAGACUAUAUGUGUAUCCACAUCCUUGAUAAUUCUGGCUACUUCAGAACUUCCAUAUCAGGAACUCCCAAAUGAAAUAAGGCAAUUCUUUAAGAAUGAUAUCUCAAACAGUGGUCAGCUGACUCCAUUGGAGCACUCAAUACCCCGAUUCUUGGUUCAUGUUGGUGGGAAUUUCAACCGUGAUGUAGUGGUCAGUCUUUCUGCAGCGAAGUUAUUGAGGGAUAUGAUACAACUCUUUGUUCUGUCAGUUCAUCAAAGAUUGCAUAUUCAUACUAUUACAUCCAAAGAGUACAAAUUUUGUGAUUCUAUUCAAGGAUGUGAUACAGAUAAUCACAAUAAAAGACAUGGCUCAGCUGGUGAAAGUGAGUGUAGAGAAGAAUUUCCUUGUGAUCAUUCAAAAGUUAUACCUCCACCUAAUAAUAGAAGUUUAAAAGGAAAAUCAAGCUUGCUAUUAGCUAUAUCUACAUUUGGUUAUCAAAUUCUUCGAUAUCCUCAUUUUGCUGAACUUUGUUGGGUCACAUCAAAACUCAAUGAAGGUCCUUGCGCAGAUGUUGCUGGACCUUGGAAGGGAUGGCCUUUCAAUUCUUGCAUUAUCCGGCCUGGUAAUAUUGAUAGUGUGAUUGCUGCUAGUUGUUCAGGGAAUGUUAAAAGCAAAGAGAGAUUUGGCAUGGUCAGAGGUUUAAUUGCUGUUGGUUUAUCAGCAUACAGAGGUGUGUACAAAUCACUUAGAGAAGUUGCCUUUGAGGUGAGGAAAGUUCUUGAGCUUCUAGUUCAACAAGUUAAUGAAAAGAUUCAGGCUGGGAAAGAUAAAUACCAAUAUGUUCGUCUAUUAUCACAAGUUGCAUAUUUGGAAGAUGUAGUUAAUAGCUGGGCGCAUGCAUUGCAGAGUUUAGAACUCAGUACUCAAAUGCCAAUUUCAAAUGCUGGGCAAAAUACGAUAGAAUUUCCAGGUAAUCAAAAUUGUUUAGAUAAUUCAGUGCAAAGUGAGGACUGCAAGGCGGUUAUACCUGAUAAAAGCUCCCAUAAAUCUGAACGCCUGGAAAGAAGUGCUGCGGAAUUUAUCCCUGAAAGUGUUGAAUCAAAUAAAGGAGACAAUGGUUUUCUUCCUUCUUCAAGUUCUGAGGUGAGAGAGGUGCCUUCAGAAGAUAUGCUCGCACAGCAAAUUGUCGUCAGUGGUCAUACCAAAUCUGAUGAGCAUCUUCAAAGUUCUACAACUGAUAGCCAUUUGAUUGAUGAUGUUAUGGAUGAGCAGAACAUGACUACUCUAGGACAGUGUAAGCCAAAAAAUACUGAAAAUCUUGCAGUGGCCACUGAAUUGGACAAUAAGUCCUCAAAAUAUUCUGAUGGAUUCAUGGGCACAGAAGCCAUUCUACCUUCUAAGGAUGGUCUCUGUAAUUCAAGCAGACCAUGUUCUGACAAGAUCUCUGAUCCCGUGGAAUCCUGCGGCCAGAUUAAUGGACUGGCUGAGGGUGGAAUUAGAAGUGAGGAUGCUCAGCCUAGCUGUAGUGUGCAAAUUGGAGAUAUCAACUUCGUUCCAGGCAAAACUAGCGGUCAUUCAGUUGAUUCUGGGAUUGUUUGUUCCUAUAGUUGUUGCUCUGGAUGCCUAUGCACCCUCCAUGAACUGAUUCAGAAAAUCCUUGUACAUGAAUGGGGAUUGAACAAAAGCUAUUGGACAGCUGAGGAUGUUCAUGAUGUUGUUUCAUCAUUCUCUGUAGAUCUUCUUUCAGCCAUCAGAAAAGUUGAUAAGACUAAAAAUAUAAGCAAUUCAUUGGAUGAAAACCUGAGAUUUGGAAGUCCUGAAAUAUUAUCUGAACAUUCAGAAUUGCAUAAUUGUCAUUGCAGGAGUCCAGGAAAUACUUUAGUUAUGGCAUUGGAAUGUAGUUGCCACUGUAUGGAUGGAUCUGUAACUGCAAAAGGAAGUAACUCCUCAAAUUCACAUUUGGGUCUUCAACUGGAAUUUAUUUUCAGAGACGGCAUCCUGGUGCCUGUAGAUUCUAACAUGAAUGUUUCUUUCCAUUGUAAAUAUGAGACUUUAUGCCUUUGUUCACUUAUAGAGUCAGUACUAAUGAUAAAGAAGCCUUUUGAUUGACUUGAUAUUUUCACAGCAUGAGUUGCCUAGCCGUGGCAGCAUAUGGUGCUUUUUCAGAAUAUAGGUGUAAAUUCUCAUUCAAGUGGUAUAAAGAAUCAAAAUUUUGUUGUGGAA